AUGGCAAGUCUAGAUCGUACAAAAACAACUUAUAGGGAAGCCAUGCACAUAGUUGCUUUAGCAUUAAAGGCAGUUGGAAUCAACGUUGAUGAACUCACUUUGUCAACAAGCUCUCUUUACGGAUCUAGAAAAGCUAUACGACAAUCUAUCGGAAAAACUAUCCAAAACACAUUUUUGCCAAACACACAUCUUGUGGCUCACUUUGAUGAAAAACUUUUACCUGAUUUUGAUGGUGUAAACAUAGAUCGCCUGCCAAUUGUGGUAUCAGGGAAAAAUGUAGAAAAACUGAUAGCUAUACCAAAGAUUGGCGGUACUGGCAUAAACAUAGGAACCACAAUAGUUCAGUUACUUCAGAAUUGGAAAGGCGUGUCAAAUUGGUUGGCUGAAGUAUGGCCACAACUAGUGGAUUACAAUAAUGCAAAAGAGAUAGUGACUGCAGUACGGGUAGUUAAUGAUUGUGCUGAGCGAGCAGUUGAAUUGGCAUCUGAUUUUAAUACAGCACUUACUCAUGAUGAAAAUCAGCACCAGUUGAUGUAUAAAGUGAUUGAGCAUCACAGGAAAUUAAUGAAAGAACCUUAG